UCUCCAUUACGCAAUGGCAUACAGUGCAACUCUAGCAGAUUUGAAACACUCAGUUGGUCAGUUCAGAGGAAGUGAACAAACACAGGAAGAGCUGAUAGUGUUCAAAGAAAGAGUUGAGAUCAUAUACUGAAGAGAAAGACUGAGAGAAAGAGAAAAUGUCUGAUGAGUGUCGUGUGUGUCUGCUGGGACUGAUCUUUCUCUCUUCACUUCUCACAGGUAUCAGUGGAGUGAAUGAUACUCAUGUGUUCAUCAGUUCUGGUGAAAAUGUCCAUCUGCCCUGUAAUAAUGCUCUUCAUCACUGUACAUCAACUACAUGGAACCAUAACAGAUUCAGUCGUUCAGCAGCAGUUGAACUGAUUGCUUUAGGGAUAAAGAAGAAAGACACAGAGAGACAUGAGAGACUGAGUCUGGGGUCUGACUGCUCUCUGAACAUCAGGAACACCUCAACAGAAGAUUAUGGAUUGUACAUCUGCCAACAAUGGACUGGUGUGAAUGGAAAAUACCAAAAACAAGAACCUGAUGCUGGUGUUUUUCUGCAUGUUCUUCAUGUCUCAUCCUCACAGACUGAGAUCAGUGCAGGUCUCUCUGUGACUCUCUUCUGUCAGUUGUUCUCAUAUACUGGAGUCUCUUGUGAUGAUUCGGUCGGUUCUGAGAGAAUUCAGCUGUUCUGGGUGAAUCAGGCUGGUGUUAAACUGACGAGAUCAGACUCCAGAUAUCAGAUAUCAUCCUCAUCAGGACACUGUGUCAUCACUCUGAAUAUAACGCUCCUGAAUGAAGAUCACAACAGAGAGUGGAGAUGUGAAGUUACUCAGAGAGAUCAAGUCAAGACCUCAGUCACAUACACUGUCAAGAGUUCAGCUCAAGCUGAUUCAACGACAGCAGUGAUUCCAGUCACAAAAUCAACUACAGCAGCAGUGAUUCCAGUCCACAGCACAAACUCAUCUACAAGCAGUCACAUUUUAAAGUUCAGGAUGAUUGAUUGA